AUGCAGGAGGGUAAGAGUGGUCGUAUUGAUGUGCACGUGCAUUACCUACCGAGCAAGUACCGGGAAGCGGUGAUUGCCGCUGGACACGGGAGGCCGGACGGGAUGCCGUACUUGCCGGAAUGGAGUGUGGAGAGUACGUUGGCGAUGAUGGACGGAUGCGGCAUCAGCAAGGCGGUGUUGUCGGUGUCUUCGCCAGGUGUGUAUUUCGGAGACGAUGCGCAGGCACGUGCACUGAGUCGCUAUGUGAACCAAGAAGGUGCCAAGGCCGUAGCGUCGCACCCAGAUCGGCUCGGCUUUUUUGCAAGUUUGCCGCUCCCAGAUGUGUCGGGAGCUUUGGAGGAGUUAAGUUAUGCGCUGGACGAGCUGAAGGCCGACGGCGUUGUGAUCGAAAGCAACUCGGAAGGCAUUUAUCCCGGUGACCCGCAAAUGGACCCGGUUUUGGCGGAAAUGGAUAAGCGCAAGACGGUGCUGUUCAUGCACCCUACAUCGCCUCACUGCGCUGGCUGCGACAUGCGCAAUUCCACCAUGGGGGCCAAGUACCCAGGCCCCAUGAUAGAGUUCUUGUUCGAGACUACACGGGCUGUAUGUAACAUGAUUAUACAGAAUACUUUUAACAAGUUCCCCAACAUACGUUGGAUCAUUCCCCAUGCCGGUGCCGUACUCCCCAUAGUCAUCGACCGGGUCGUCGGCAUCUCCACCGUCAUCGGUCUAUCCGCGCCGCUAAACGAAGCACACGUACUAGAAAUAUUGAACAAACUUUACUUCGACCUCGCAGGCAUGCCCCUACCCCGCAUGAUCAAACCACUACUCGAAAUCGCCGACCCCGACAAACUACUCUACGGCAGCGACUGGCCCUUCACACCCGAACCCCUUGUAAAGAAACUCGCCAUCGCACUUGACCACACGGAUCAACUCGCUGACGAUCAUCGUCACAGGAUCAUGUGUAAGAACGCGCUCCCGCUCUUCCCACGCUUCAACUAG